AUGCGGUCCAAGGGUCCGCUGCAGUCCAUGCAGGUCUUUGAACGUAAGAAGACAGCUGUAGCCGUGGCGCACUGCAAAUGGGGAAAAGGGCUCAUCAAGUUAUUGAAGCCCGUUCUGCUGCUGGGCAAGGAACAACUUGCUGGUGUGGAUAUCCCGGUCAGUGUGAAGGGUAGUGUUCAUGUGGCCCAAAUUUAUGCUAUACGACAGUCCAUCUCCAAAGCCCUGGUGGCUUAUUACCAAAAGUAUGUGGAUGAGGCCUCUAAGAAGGAGAUCAAAGAUAUCCUCCUCCAGUAUGACCAGACCCUGCUUGUAGCUGAUCCACGUUGCUUUGAAUCCAAAAAUUUCGGAGGUCUUGGUGCCUGUGCUCGAUACCAGAAAUCCUAA